AGAGGGAGUAUAUUGAUCAGCUGCUUUCCCGCUGCUUUCUGCCUCAUUAUCAGAUGACUUUAUUUGGUCAAGCUGCACAUGAAGAUCAGAGCUGUACAACAUGCCCUGCAGCCUGUGCCAUGUAGACGGUGUACCAAGGAGGAUUAACACUUAGUUACUUGUAUUGAUGCUGUCCUCUUCUUUUUUUUUCUUCUUUUUUUUUUACAUCAAUCAUUCUCUUUACCAGGAUGGAGAGUCAACUACUCAGCAUCAUGAACAAGAUGAAGAACUUUAAGAGACGUUUCUCUUUGUCGGUUCCUCGGACUGAGACGAUUGAAGAAAACGAGUUCACUGAGCAGAUCAACCAGCUCAACAUACGGCACACUCAGGGCCUGACUCCAGACAGACUGGGUCCUCCAUCUCAUGAUGUCAGCCCAGUGAGCCCUGAACCAACCACUCCAGGAGCUCAGUCUCCAUCCCACCUCCACUACCACAGCAAGGCCCAGCACAGACGCUUCUCCAUGGAGGACGUUAGUAAGCGCAUGUCACUGCCAAUGGACAUCCGCCUGCCUCCAGAGUUUCUAAAGAAGUUGCAGAUGGAAAAUGAAAACUCACCGCUCUGCAAACCUCUCAGUCGCAUGUCUCGACGCGCCUCACUGUCUGACAUAGGAUUUGGGAAACUGGAAACAUACGUUAAGCUUGGCAAACUGGGUGAGGGGACAUAUGCUACAGUCUUUAAAGGGCGGAGCAAACUCACUGAGAACCUGGUUGCACUGAAGGAGAUCCGGCUGGAGCACGAUGAGGGGGCACCUUGCACUGCUAUCAGAGAAGUGUCUCUGCUAAAGAACCUGAAGCACGCUAACAUUGUCACCCUGCAUGACAUCAUCCACACCGACCGCUGCCUUACUCUGGUGUUUGAGUAUCUUGACAGUGAUCUUAAACAGUACUUGGACAACUGUGGGAACCUCAUGAGCAUGCAUAAUGUCAAGAUCUUCAUGUUCCAGCUGCUGCGUGGUCUGUCCUAUUGUCACAAGAGAAAAAUCCUCCACAGAGACCUAAAGCCUCAGAACCUGCUCAUCAAUGAUAAGGGCGAAUUGAAAUUAGCUGAUUUUGGUCUGGCCAGGGCCAAGUCCGUCCCCACUAAGACCUAUUCCAAUGAGGUGGUAACGCUUUGGUAUCGACCUCCUGACGUGCUGCUAGGCUCUACAGAAUAUUCCACACCCAUCGACAUGUGGGGCGUAGGCUGCAUCCUGUAUGAGAUGGCAACAGGUCGUCCUAUGUUUCCUGGUGCCACUGUGAAGGAAGAACUACAUCUAAUUUUUAGGCUCAUGGGCACUCCGACAGAGGAGACCUGGCCUGGUAUCAGCAGUAAUGAGGAAUUUAUGUCCUACCUCUUUCCUCAGUACAGACCUCAAGCUCUCAUCAACCAUGUGCCCCGGUUGGACCCAGAAGGGAUCGACCUGCUGUCUGCUCUGUUGCUGUAUGACACCCGGAGCAGACUCUCCUCUGAAACCGCUCUACGUCACCCCUACUUCCUGAGUCUGGGAGACAACAUUCAUAACUUGUUCUCCACCUGCGUUACAGCUGCUUCAGUGUUUUCUCUCAGAGAGGUGCAGCUCCAGAAGGACCCAGGACACCGCAGCUCAGUAUUCCAGCCUUUAGGUCGAGGAAAGAACCGAAGACAAAGCAUCUUCUAGAGGUUGUGGAGAGGAUGAAGAGAGAAGACGGCGAGGAACUGCCUUUUCAGAUCACGACACCAAGGCCAUCGCAGCUCAGCACAUUCACAGCAUGUUCACCUGCACGGACAAACACGCACUCAUUUCCAUGGCAGCUGACCGUGGAGGCACACAGAGUUUCUGGAGACAAACUUGUAUUGCACUUGAAAUACCUUCUCUAUUCAUACAUAUUUGCACACAUUUGCACAAUCAGCUACACUGAACAUGCUGCCGUGAUGUAACACACGAGAGAUUCAUCCUCCCGACACGCACAUGCAUUUCAGCCUAAGAAGAAACUAAAUGAAACGCUCUGCUAUGCUAUACUUACACAGGCCUGCUUUACAUAGUGUUCAGAGCACACCCAGGGUUCUAGCCAUUCAAAGUAGCUGCUAUCACAACUGGAACAAUGGAGACAGUUGCAGGUGUGCGUGUCUUUGCCCUAACAGAAAUGCAAGUAUUGCAUUAUGUGUUGAGUUUGUUCCAGGUCAGUUGGUUUCUAAAUUAUUUUCUGGUUUUAUCUUACAAACCUUAUGGUCUAACACUGAUAUGUAGCUUAAAGACACAGUUUGGCAACCAAGGACCCUUAUGAAUCCUAAUUCUUCUCUCAGCUCAACAGAGAUUCACUAGGGAUUUGUAGUUUGAGGACAGGGUUAAAACUACACCACCACUACCCACAGAAAAGGCUGACCAGAAACCAAAGAGAAUAGUCACAUUUUUUCUGUUACUUGGAUUAUCGAUUUUGUGAUGUAAUUUGUUUAAACAUUGUGUAAAUAUAUAGUUAAUAUUUUAUUGUCACACAAGACGUUCAUAUCAUGUUUUUAAGCCCCUUUGCUUUGCUAAUCUGAAAUUUUAAAAAACUGUAAUGUUAGAUAUAACUCUGGGUGCUGCUAGGCACUUGCUCAAUAAUGGACUCGUAUGCAUUUGCAAAGUGUUUUGGCGAACUGAUGAGGCAAAAACAUUGUGGCUCACAGAAAAACAUUCAGUAAGGCUUCAUGGUCAUUCAUUACUUUGCAUAAUGUGACGAGCUAUGCAUAAUGUGCAUUAGCUAGUGACGGUUAGCUAUCCCAGCUAGCUAAAAACGUAUCCCAAAUCCCACUGACAUUUGUAAUUAUGCUAAUAGCUAAAAGUUUAUUCUGGAAGGGCAUCUUUUAAAAUGGCACGUGACAGGCACACAGAUAUUAAAUUAGAUAUUUGAAGACUGAUAUAAUAUUAUUGCUCAAUAAUCAGUCUGUUUAACAGUGCAGGGUUGCAUGGUAGUUUUAGCAUGUAGUGGUCAAACCAUGUUCAGUUUCUGUGUUCACUGUGUGCUGCAGAAGGCGUUGAUGCUCUCUUGGCUUUGUAACGAAUAUAUACUUGUAGAUGCUGCUUUCAGUCUUGUUAGGUGCUUCUCUGCACUCUCGCUCACCUGACCAAGGAUUCAGCACAGCACUAAUCUGAAAUGCAGUCGCAGUUUACUUACACUUUGACAGCACAGUAAAUGGGUUCAAAUGGUGUGAGUUGCAUUUGACAGUUGAUUUUUUACCGCUCAAGUUUAUGAAAAGCACCUGUAGAAUUGGACAGUUAACUUUAAGUGUUAUAUUAUCGAAGUAUUAGGGUUGCUAACAACAACUUAAGAUAUUUUGUUAUUAAAAUAUUCUUAUAGGGAAACCCACAGAUCCAAAAUCAUUUUAAAAUUCACUCAUGGUCAUUUUUAAUUGAGUACGAGCCUCUGUCCCAUAGUUACAACUGGAGGUUCAGCUCUUCAUGAACAAUAUGGCAACCGUGUUGACACAAUGGUCCAAUGAACAAAGCAUUGCAGCAUCUACAUGUAUAUACCUUAUCUCAGCUGUUGUUAUUGAACAGAAUGGAAUCGGAUGUAUUGUGAUAUUACCUCCGACUUUCUUAUCAUUUCUUUGUUAUCAUAUAACAGUCUUGAAGUCGUAGGCAUAGCGUCACACUGCUCAUUUGCAGUACCUCUGCCGUCAUGUAACAACCACUGAAGCUACCGUAAAAUCUCCGUUGUGAAUAUAAACCUGGAAACUGGAUAGACUCGCCUCGCUACAGUGCCCGUGUCUUCUCGUUGUGGGGGUUCCUCAUUCCUGACAGUGUUAACAGCUGACUUUCACACCAGUUUUUUGAAGUUGCCUUAGUAAACUGUGCAUGAUAUUUUAGCUUGUGAAGAAAUUAUAUUUGCUUCAGUGUAUCCAAUGUGCUAGGAGGCAUUUAUUUUGUGUAUGUAAAUAACUCACUAUGGGUGUAUGUAUUUUUGUAGUUUCCUAUUUGCACAAGCCGGAAGUGUCCUCUGAAGCCUGUUCCCCUCCCUUUGUGUCUUUCCUUACACGGUUCCAAAGUAUGACCCCAUAUUUUACCAAACCCCCCCAUUCCUAAACCAGUGAAUGGAGAAAAUAUGCCCUGUAGGUACUCUCUAGUAUCAGUUUAAUAGGGGUCACCACUACCCUUCAUAAUUUGCACAGCCUGUUGUUAGAGAGCAGCUUUUCACAGUAGAUUCACUAAACUAAACAAAACAGUGAUAAGUACACUCAUCUGUUAAUAGACAGGUGAGAAUUUCACAACUGUGUUUUUAAUAGUUCCCAUGUGAUCAUUUGAGCCAAGAGCUUAUGUGUAUGUCCUGUUCAAUGAAUAUUAUCUGGAGACAAAAGUGAUAAUGGCUUUUGGAUAUGAUACUCUCCUCUGUCCUUAAUUUGCUCUGACAUCUAGCCUGUCCUCUUCCUUCUUGUUCAGUGCUGCUGCCUCAUUAAAACCUCUGAGGUGUUGAGGCAACUGAGGUAUUAUUAAUAGUUUUAGAUACACCGUUCGGUGCCCUUGGACACAUCAUCAGUGAUGUAACCUGAGGUCAUGGGGGGUUUCGGGUCUUUCAACAAUCAGACCCCCUCUGCCAGGCGACCCAGCUAGUGUUGAUCAAGCCCCAGCUUGUGGCCAGGUACUUGUGGCCCUACAUGCCACGCCUCUCCUCUUCUGAUCCACAGCGACUUUGACGUCGCUUCUGCUGCUUUGGUGGCCAACUUGAUGGCCCUUCGCUGGCUGGCCCCUACGAUGCCCAGCAUUUUGUAUGCCCUGCAGAGGGAUUGACCCGCGAAUCCUCAACAUCCCACUUCGAUGGGUUGUCAUCUGGCCAACCAUUACUCCGGCACUCCUCCACUAGCACAGAAUACUUUCCCUCUUUCUCUCAUUGACCUCCUCCAUAGCAUCUUCCCAAGGCACAGUAAGCUCCAAGAGGAUUACGUGCUUGGAAUCAGCUGAGGUAAGAACGAUGUCCAGCCUCAGCGUUGUCUUGGUUACCACUUCAGGGAACUUUAACUGCUUUGCCAGAUCAGCUCUCAGUUCCCAAUCAUGCGCCGUUGCCAACAGGCCAGGGAAGGUGUUUCGGACUGCUGCUGCUGGCUUCUCCCCAGCUUUUAUGAGAGUGACCUGUAAAAAUCCUGUUUUAAAAUAGCUGAAAACCUUUAAAUUAAUUAAACCUAUCAACAGAAUGUGAACAAAUGACUACUUUACUUUACACUCGGCUGAGACAGCAGAAAAAAGGAGUGCCAGUAAUUUUCAUAAACUUGCUCCUUGAAAUUGAUCUCUCCAUUGAAAAAGAAGAGAGGCAUUAUUUUGUGACACGUUCAAGGCCUAAAUAUGUGAUCUGUAGUAAAAAGGUCCAUAAAAUAUGUGAAAAUCUCAAAGACCACUGUACUCGGACCGCUGCUCUCCUGCCUCGGUCACCUCUGAGCUAAAGCGGUACUGAGUAAGCACUGGUUUUGAAACUUUCAGGGUGGUGCUUACACCGCUGAACGUUGCAGAUAUAUUAGUUUGUUUUGUCUGUAGUUACCAGCCCGGCUGCCUUUGUAAGAAUUCAGCUCUGUAUGUAUGAGAGAGACAUGAAAAAGUAUUUCCCCCCUUCCUGGUUUUUUUUUUUGUAUAUCUGUCACACUUACAGGUUUCAGAUCAUCAAACAAGUUUUAAUAUUAAAAUAUCAAUAUAAUAAUUUAAUAUUAGACAAAGACUGAUCCAAACACAAUGUAAGGUUUAUGUCACAGCUUGCUAACAGUAUCAGUAAUUACAGUUUUGUUUCUGUAAUGCUUAAUCCACCAGUUUGUGCAACAUAUUUAAUCAAAAUCAUAUUUUUAAUACUACAGUGUAGUAAUUAUCAUUAUCUAUGAACUAUCAAAUUUACUAUUAUACAUAAAUCCAAAAAAAUAAAAUAAAAAGCAUAUCAUUAUUAUUUUUCUAUUAAGAUAAAUAAACUAAAUUGUUAUAAUUUUUCGCUGAUAUUCAAGUAUAAAAUUAGUUUUGGUGGUUGGAUGCUACACUUGAUUGAUGUCUGACUAAAGUCCAGUGCCGGCUCAAAUUUGAGUAUAAAAACAUGAAUUCAGUAAUAAAUAACAAUCACAUUUUUAGUUUUAAACGUGUUUUUAACAGAUAUCUAAAAUAUCUGUUUUCUAGUUUUUAUGAAAGGUGGUCUAAAAAAUUGGUAAGCACUCUCCAUACAGUAAAUAGAUAUAGGAAGGCAACCCAGCAGCCUUUGUAAGGCUUUUGGUUGGGAGACCAGUCGUUGCAUUUUGAGCAGAAUGGCUCUAAAUCACUGCUGUGUAUUCCAGACAACCAGUGUG